ACCAACAAGAGUGUUGGAGCUGGAGGAUCGAAUCCCGUUGGAGGUCGUGAUUUAGUUAAAAAGCGAGAAAAAAAAACCUACGCCAAAGAUCCGAUCCUUGAAGCAACACUGACCAGAGAGGGUUAUAUCAACUUCACCGGGAAGUUUCAUUUUUUUUUGCUCCUGCUCGCUAUGACUCGACUGCGCUUUAAGGAUGCUUUCUGGUGCCCAGAAUUUACCAGUUAUGUUGGGCAUGAGGUCUUACUGGAGCGGUUACAGGAAGGCCGAAAAAUGUGCAAGGACAUGGAGGAACUGCUAAGACUGAGGGCAUAUGCAGAAGAAAAAUAUGGGAAGGAGCUGGUCCAUAUUGCCCGCAAAGCUGGAGGUCAAAUGGAGAUAAAUACUCUACGAAUAGCCUUUGACAGUCUAAAGCAACAAUUGGAAAACAUGGGAAAUCUCCACAUUCAGCUGGCAGUCACAUUAAAGGACGAGGCAAAACGCCUGGAAGAUUUCAGGGAGAGGCAGAAGGAGACAAGAAAGAAGUAUGAAAAUGCUAUGGAUCGUGUUCAGAAGAGCAAAGUGGCUUUGUACAAGAAGACACUUGAUUCAAAGAAAUGCUAUGAACAGAAAUGUAAAGAGGCAGAUGAGGCCGAGCAGAGUGCUGAGCGUGUUCAGUCCACGGGAAACCAGAAGCAAGUUGACAAGAGUCAGAAUAAAGCCAAGCAAUCUCGAGAUGCAGUGAAUGAAGCAGAACGCGUUUAUCAACAGAAUGUGGAGCAACUGGACAAGGUUCGACAAGAGUGGGAACAAGAGCACAUCAAUACCUGUGAGGUGUUUCACCAGCAGGAGUGUGAUAGGAUCAACAACCUGAGGAAUGCCCUGUGGAUGCAUUGCAACCAGCUGUCAUUGCAGUGUGUGAAGGACGACGAGCUGUAUGAGGAGACGAGGAAGGUUUUGGAGCUGUGUGACAUUGAUGCAGAUAUGGACUGUUUCAUUCAGAAGAAGAUGACUGGAACAAGUCCACCAGCUCCCAUAGAAUACGAGAAUUAUUAUGACAAGUUAUCUACUAUAGAAAAUCGCACAGCCGCCUCUUCUAGGAAUGGAGGGAUGCUGAAAAGGAUUACCCAUCUGUUACCAGGUCUUACGUCAAAGUCCAGUAGCAGCAAUUCAAUCAAUGUGACAGCGCCACCUCCAGCAGAGGAUUUGUACGCCAGUGUUGCUGUUCUGCAACAGGAAAAUCUAAACAACUACAGAGUACUCUACGACUACACUGCUCAGAACUGCGACGAGCUAGAUAUAACUGCCAAUGACAUCAUCCAAAUCACGGCUGAGAACGAGGACGGGUGGUGGACAGCGAGUCGCAACGGAAGGUGUGGCCUAGUCCCAAGCACCUACCUGGAGAAAGCUUGAGAGUAUCAGAGGCCGGCCAGCAAUGUCAGUCCAGCUUCACAUCCCUUGGAACAGGUCGAGAGAAACAGUAAUCCCUGAAGGUGGUUGGAGGUGCACAGCAAGCUGUUUCAGUUUUAAAAUCUGUGUGACAUAGUUGGGUGGGAACAUCCACAGCUUUAUGAAAUAAAUUGACAUUUGAUUAUCAUCCCUGUGGCCUUCACCUGCUUGUGUUCCCUCACUUAUUGGCCAGUUUCUGUGAAAACUACUUGUGAAAUGAUGCUUUGGUAGUCUAUUUUAAACUCCGCUCAUCUUGCUACGUGAAUAAUUCAUUUUAAGAUGUUCAAUUAUUGCAGUAACUAACCCCCUCCCGACCUUGAAAUAUCUAAUUAUUUUCUUAGUGAUCUGUCCAGGUGAGUGUUGUUGGUGACACAAUGAGGAAUGUAGCUUUUAGCAUUUCUAACCCAGUGCAAAACUUCCUCGUUCUCUAGCUUAACAUGUUUCUCAAACCCUUACGGUUUCUACCACAGCAGUGUUAUAUUUUUCCAUUUUCCCACAGCAGCCAUCCUGUGGUCUCUGUUGGGUAAAUGACCAACUUGGGGUGGUUGUGUUUGUGGUCUGACAUCACUCUGAGGCAAAUGGAGAAUUCAGUGCUGAAUUUAAUAUAAAUUUCCCAGUCAUUAAAGGCCUGAUCCAGACUUGGUUCAUUAUUAUCGCUUAUUUUGGGAGAGUAUUUUGUUCUUUACAGGGCUUGGUUAGGUCAGUUUGCCAGAUUUGUGAUACUAACAGUGUGGAUUCAAUUUUUGCACCGGCUGGGGUUACCAUGAAGGACUCUCCUUCUCAACCUCUUCCCUCACCUAAGGCUUGGUGACCCUCAGGUUAAACCCCCACCAGUCAUUGCUCCUUAAUCAGAGGGUGGCACUAUAUUGACUUUACUGUUUAUUCCUCUUCUACCAGUUCAUAUCCUUCCCUCCCCAACCCAACUCUAGCAGAUUUCCUGCUCUACCUUGUUGAGUUUUUAAACGUCUGUUUACAGGACAUGGGCGUAGCUGGCUGGGCCAGGAUUUAAUGUCCGUCCCCAAUCACCCUGGAGAAGGUGAUGGUGAGUUGCCUUCUUCAAUCAUUGCCAUCCAUGUGGGAGUACAGACAGCCACUGCACUGUUACAGAGGGAGUUCUGGGAUUUUGACCCAGCGACAAUGAGUGAAUGGUGUCACAGUUCCAAGUCAGGAUGGUGUGCGGCUUGCAGGGGAGCUUGCAGAUGGUGGUAUUGCACUCUGCAUGCUGCUCUGCUCCUUGUAGAUGGUGGAAUUUGCAGAUUUGGAAGGUAACGAUGCAAAGAGUUAGGCCGACAAUCCCUGACUAUGACCCAAUGUACCCAGUUGUUGGGGAAACCUCAGUGCGGACUCUGUGACUCUCUGUACAUUUUGCACCCUUCCAAUCUUGUCUUCACCUCCCUCGAGGGCAUCAACUUUUUGCUGGAGGCAGCUCACUCCAGUGGUUGUUACUCAUGACUCAGCCUCGAGCUGAUUGACCACAAGAGGCAACACAUCAGGCCCCUUUCUGUCCUCACCGAAUCCCUUCUCCAGAAGGGAUUUCUGAAUAGCUGUGUAACUGAGUCUUGACAGUACACAGGAGGCCAUUUGGCCGACGCAGUCUGUGCAGGAGCUAUGCAAGCACCCAGUCAGCCCCAUUCUCCUGUAGCCCUGCAAGUCUACUUUUCUCGUACCCAUUCAAUUUUGUUGUUCCCACCACCCUUGGAUGCAAUGACCCUCGAGGUCUUUUUAUUUUUCUAUAGUAUGUGAGCUGUAGCUGGGAGACACUGCUGUGUAUUUCUAGUGUUUUCUGUUUCUAUGCUUGAGAUGUGCUAGUACCUUUCUAUAGAGUGAAAUGAUCAAUUUUUAGAUAAGUUUAGAUUUGUUUUUAAACAAUUUGGAGCAGCUGGUUCACACAACAAACCCUGGGAACAUUUCCUGGUCUCCAGUUUUUGCAUUUAAGCAACACUUUGUGGCUAUUUUGCUGUUACAAACUUCUGGUUACACUUAACAUUAGCAGUUUAAUGGAGACAUUUAAACUGGAAACUCUGUAAACAGCUGCCGGUUACGUGUAUUUUCAAGCCUUUGGCCAUUUGGUGGUGCAAUGAAAUGAGUCUUUUCCAAACCCACCUGCAUAUUCUAUAAUUAGAGAAAGACUUGUAUUCAUCAAAUAAUUGUGAACAUUAGCGGGUGUGUGAUUGUCAAACCAAAUAGAUUGAAAUCUGUUCAUAUUUACUUUGUACAUGUCAGGUGACAGAUGCAGUAUCAUGUAUAGAAAGGUGGAUAUAGUUUUAUAUAUUAUAAUGUAUAGUCAAUGUUUAAGUGAGCGUGCCAGAGGAGUGUCCACACAGUAAUAGACUACUAGAGAUUUUAAAGUAUAGCCAUGUAAAUAAUGAAGGACCUAAAUUAAUAUAUAGCCACAACGGUUAUUGGUGUCAACUGUGGCUUUUUCAAAUGUGUAGACUUGUGACCCACAAUAUUCUAAAUAAAGUUUAUAAAUGAG